GCGUCUGUCGCUCCUCGACACUGGACCUGCCUACUGCUUGCCUGCCCGCCUGCCUACCGCUGAGAGCUCCUGCCGGGCAAAAACUCGAGCAGAUAGAGAGAAAAGAGGCAGAGUUGGAGGGGAAAAGAGAGAGAGAGAGGCUGAGAGGAAGAAAGAGAGAGAGAGAAGCUGGGGGUGGACCGUUAAUUUCAUCCACACACAGUCUUGAAUGCGUGGCGGAGAGAGAGCAGACUGAGCUGCUGUAAAACAUCACCUCGCCGAGGACCGAGGGACCUGCGAGUGCGUUUCCUUUAGGAUUUACCCAAAUAAAGCCUUAUAGAGUCACAAUAUGGAUCAGUAUGACGGAGAUGCUGAUUACAUGCAGCAAGAGGAUGACUGGGAUCGGGAUCUGCUCUUGGACCCAGCCUGGGAGAAGCAGCAGAGAAAGACGUUCACAGCCUGGUGUAACUCUCACCUGAGGAAAGCAGGCACGCAGAUCGAGAACAUCGAGGAGGACUUCAGAGACGGACUGAAACUCAUGCUGCUGCUGGAGGUCAUCUCAGGUGAACGUUUGGCGAAACCGGAGAGAGGAAAGAUGAGAGUCCACAAGAUCUCCAACGUCAACAAAGCGCUCGACUUUAUCGCCAGUAAAGGAGUCAAACUGGUUUCUAUUGGAGCAGAAGAGAUCGUAGACGGUAACGCUAAGAUGACCCUGGGAAUGAUCUGGACCAUAAUCCUCCGCUUCGCCAUCCAAGACAUUUCUGUGGAAGAGACGUCUGCCAAAGAAGGCCUCCUGCUGUGGUGCCAGAGGAAGACCGCCCCGUACAAGAACGUCAACAUCCAGAACUUUCACAUCAGCUGGAAGGACGGUUUGGGUUUCUGUGCGCUCAUUCAUCGACAUCGUCCGGAGCUCAUCGACUACGGGAAGCUCCGCAAGGAUGACCCCAUGACCAACCUGAACACAGCCUUCGAUGUGGCAGAGAAAUACCUGGACAUCCCCAAGAUGUUGGACGCAGAAGACAUCGUGGGCACGGCCCGUCCGGAUGAGAAGGCCAUCAUGACCUACGUGUCUAGCUUCUACCACGCCUUCUCCGGCGCCCAGAAGGCAGAGACAGCGGCCAACAGGAUCUGUAAGGUGCUGGCUGUGAACCAGGAGAACGAGCAGCUGAUGGAGGACUAUGAGAAGCUGGCCAGUGAUCUCUUGGAGUGGAUCCGCCGUACCAUCCCCUGGCUGGAGAACCGUAUGCCCGAGAACACCAUGCAGGCCAUGCAGCAGAAGCUGGAGGACUUCAGAGACUACCGCCGCCUCCACAAGCCGCCCAAAGUUCAGGAGAAGUGCCAGCUGGAGAUCAACUUCAACACGCUGCAGACCAAACUGAGGCUCAGCAACAGGCCCGCCUUCAUGCCCUCUGAGGGGAAGAUGGUCUCGGACAUAAACAAUGCGUGGGGAAACCUGGAGGGAGCAGAGAAAGGAUACGAAGAGUGGCUCCUCAACGAGAUCCGCAGGUUGGAAAGACUCGACCACUUGGCAGAGAAAUUUCGCCAGAAAGCGGCGAUCCACGAAGCCUGGACUGACGGUAAGGAGGAUAUGCUGCAGAAACGUGACUAUGAGACGGCCUCUCUGUCAGAGAUCAAGGCCCUGCUGAAGAAACACGAGGCCUUCGAGAGCGACCUGGCUGCACAUCAGGACCGCGUGGAGCAGAUCGCUGCCAUCGCACAGGAGUUAAAUGAGCUGGACUACUACGACUCCCCGAGUGUGAAUGCUCGCUGCCAGAAGAUCUGUGACCAGUGGGACUGCCUGGGCGCUCUGACCCAGAAACGCAGCGAGGCUUUACAGAGAACCGAGAAGCUUCUUGAAACCAUCGACCAGCUGUACCUUGAGUUUGCCAAAAGAGCGGCACCGUUCAACAACUGGAUGGAGGGCGCCAUGGAGGACCUGCAGGACACCUUUAUCGUCCACACCAUCGAGGAAAUCCAGGGAUUAAGCACAGCCCACGAGCAGUUCAAAGCCACGCUGCCCGAGGCCGACAAAGAGCGUCAGGCCAUCCUCGGCAUCCACAACGAGAUCGCCAAGAUCGUGCAGACCUACCACGUGAACAUGGCCGGCACCAACCCCUACACCACCAUCAACCCACAGGAGAUCAACACCAAAUGGGACAAGGUCAGGCAGCUGGUGCCGCAGCGUGACCAGGCUCUAAUAGAGGAGCACGCCCGGCAGCAGAACAACGAGCGUCUGCGCAGACAGUUUGCAAACCAGGCCAACGUCAUCGGACCCUGGAUCCAGACCAAGAUGGAGGAAAUUGGCCGCAUCUCGAUCGAGAUGCAUGGCACCCUGGAGGACCAACUGACGCACCUCCGCCAGUACGAGAAAAGCAUCUUCAACUACAAGCCAAAGAUCGACCAGCUGGAGGGAGACCACCAACUCAUUCAGGAAGCUCUCAUCUUUGACAACAAGCACACCAACUACACCAUGGAGCACAUCCGUGUGGGCUGGGAGCAGCUACUCACCACCAUCGCCCGCACCAUCAAUGAAAUCGAGAACCAGAUCUUGACGCGAGACGCCAAAGGCAUCAGCCAGGAGCAGCUCAAUGAGUUCCGGGCUUCCUUCAACCACUUCGACAGGGACCACUCGGGCACUCUGGGCGCCGAGGAGUUCAAGGCCUGCCUGAUCAGCCUGGGCUUCGAUAUCGCCAACGAUGCACAGGGUGAGAACGAGUUUUCCCGCAUCAUGAGCAUCGUGGAUCCAAACCGGAUGGGCAUCGUCACCUUCCAGGCCUUCAUCGACUUCAUGUCCCGCGAGACGGCCGACACGGACACCGCCGACCAAGUCAUGGCCUCCUUCAAAGUGCUGGCAGGCGAUAAGAACUACAUUCUAGCCGACGAGCUGCGCCGGGAGCUGCCUCCAGACCAGGCGGAGUACUGCAUAGCCCGCAUGGCGCCCUACACCGGCCCGGACGCCGUGCCCGGAGCCCUCGACUACAUGUCAUUCUCCACCGCUCUGUACGGAGAAAGCGACCUGUGAACUCUCUGUCAGUCGUCCUGACCCGGGACCACCAGCCUACCUGCUCUGAUCACCGCCACGUCCUCCGCCCGCCCACCCCGCCCGCCCGCCACCACACUCCUGUCCUACUAUGCUCAUUUUUUGUACGUCUCUGGCCUUAUCUUUUUGUCAUUACCCUCCGUCUCCUCCUCCCCCUCCUCCUCCCUGCUCCCUCACACUCUGUCUUCGUUGUAUUUGCUUCCCACGCAAUGCAGCAGCUCUCCAGGUUUACAAAGAGGGAGAGAGAAAUGUUUGUUUCUGUUUUUAUUUUCUUGUUGUCAUUGUUUUUCUUCAUAAAAUGAAUAAAGUUAACAUAUUUUAUUAUACUGAACAAAAAAGGUAUUUUUCUUCACCUGAUUGAAAAUAAGAGACGAAAAAUUGUAAUAAAGGAAAAUUGCUAUA